AUGAACUAGGCAUAUUAGUAUUCUUAACAGUAAAACUCAGCAUAGAUUAUAGGCUCUAAAAAUCAGAAGAAGAAUUUCCCAAACACAGUCAAAAAGCAAUAACAACUGCAAGAAGAGUAUGAUGAAAUACUCUAUUCUGAAAAUGCUAUCUAGUCUAAAAGAAAGCUUAAGAAAUUAAUAUAACAGAAUUCUGGAAAUAUUAAUAUCGUCGAUGAUGUUAGGGAUAUAAAUAAGGCUAAGGAAUAGGUAACUUCAGGCUUCUUCCCUAGCUUUGCUAGCUUCAUUCAAAAAAUCAAAUGCUUUAGCUUAAAAGAUAACAUAGUCAACUACUUGAAGAAUAAGUAAGCCGAAAGACAAAUUUUAGAGUAGGAGAUUAACAAUUUAGAUAUAAAUGCAGGUAAAUAAGCCCAAAAAAAUGAAAUGGUAGCUGAAAUUAAUCAAGAAUAAAAGAAGAGCAAUUAAAUUAAUAACUAAGAGACUCCAAGAAAGUAAAACCUCAACUAACCCAAAUCUAGCAGAUAGUCUUCAUAAUCAGUUAUUAGUAAUUCUAAUUUGCAGCAGUAAUAAUAGUAGUUGAAUUAUAAAAAAACUUAAAAUAAUGUAGUCAUUCACUACAACACAUAUAAUAUACAAAAAGAAUAAAAUAAUUCAUAGAAAAAUGUGUAAUAAUUUAAUCAACAGAGAUAACCAAACUAGGAUUAGCAAUAUUAAAUACAAUAUAGCCAAAAUAGCUCUUCUAGCAAAUAAAGCAAAUAAAUUUAUUAAACAAACUAGUAUCAAUAAAAUUAUAUUAAUCAGUAGCCACAAUAUUAUCAGAGCGCGAAUUAAGUAUAAAAUUUGAAUGCCACUGCUAUUUAAAGGCAUAUGCCUGAGGAUGUUAUGAAUUAAUCAGAAAAUUCAGUCUUAAAUGGAUUUAAAUAUAAUAUAAAUCAUUAAUCUUCAAGAAUUCCCUCUUCAAACAUAGGAAACCACAGUUCUUUCAAUGCUAGAUAUACUUAUUAAGGAUCAAGCUAUACAAAAUAAAAUAUCUUACAAAAGAUUAUAGUCUUUUAUGAUAAUAAAUACAUUAAAGACUAGUAAAAUAAAAAGAAAUUGCAAAAUAAAAAUCUUCAAUAAACAAACUAAACUAUGACUUAAGAGGAUUAAAAGGUCAAAGUACUCAAACCCAUUGCAAUAAAUCCAUAUAAUCUCAGACCCUAUAGUUCUGUUGUCAAAAAAGAAAGUAAAAUUAUUGAUAUUGAAAGAAGAGUAAAAGAAUAAGCAUAAAUGCAAGUAGAAAGAUUAUAAAAUUAAGAGAGAUACAAUAAUAGAGUAAAUUGGUCACUUGCAGAAAAUACCAGGGCAGCUUAGAUGAAUAAUUUUAAAUUAACUGAAAAUGAAGAGGAUAGAUAUAAGAAACAAAAAAUAUUGAAAGACCUUCACAAAAAAAUGAAAGAAAAAUAAAGAUAUAUGUUAAAUGAAGAUGAUGACGAAGAUGAAGAAGACCAUAAAUCUAAUGAAAUUGAAGAAUAUGAUUAAAUCUUAGAUAGUUAACUCUAAGAUUAGGACUCUAACAUGAUAUAUAGUGUGGAUUCAAACAAACCAUAAAGGCAUAUUAUUGCUAAGAAGAAUCAACAAGGCAACCAAGCAAAUGCAAAUAAAAAAUCAUCAUCUUCAAACGAUGAAUUUUAAACAUCUUGUUCAUCUGAUGAUGACGGAAAAAAUAAAAUUAAUGGUUUACAUAAGAAGGGUGCUCGCCAAGGACCAUCAUCUUUGUAUCGUUCUCCAGUGCCUUUUAUAGGAGAACUAAAAGAAGAUUUUUAAAACAUGAUGCUGAAAAUGACAGAAUCUCAAGAAAUAUUUGAUUUAUUUGUUUAGUUUUUAAAGAAAAUAUAAAGUUCUGAAGGGGCAAUUAACAUUUCAGAAAAAUAAUAACAAGAAAUAAAGUAAUAGAUUUUACAACAGCUCUAAUAAAAAGAUGAGAAAUUGAAUGGAUCUAUUGAUUUUUCAGAAGUAAUUAAGAAUAAAGAAACUAUUUUGGCAAGUAAUAAGAAAAAACUUUCUCCAAUUUAAGAAAAGAGCAACAAUAGUGAAAAUAAGAACUUUAGUAUUGAUUAAAUUUUCAACAACUCUGCAUCAAAGUAAGAUGACCUUUUACAAUUUAACUAGAAAUAAGCCCAAGAAACUGUAUUUUAAAUUAAUGGAAGCCAAAAUAAGAAUUAAGCUUAACCAGUUAGUGGUGUCAGUAGCUCAGAAAAUACUCUUCAUAAUCAAAACCCUAACUAAAUUUAAAUAGCCAGCGAAAUUAAUAACAAUUUAUUCUAAAAGAACUAAGCAAACAACAUAUUUUCAACAAUAAAUCCUAGCAAUCAAAGCAACAGUGGUAUUAACUUAACUGCUAAUAAAGAAGUUUCUAAAGUUGAAGUUAAAUAAAUAGCUUCUGAUGUUGCUUCAAAUAUUUUUGGUAAUUAAGAUAAGAAUUAAUCUUAAACUGAGGAAAAAUCGGAAGAAAAAAAAUCAGUUUUAGGGCCUAAUAUAUUUUAACGUAUAGAUAACCCUCCUAAUAAUUCAACUUCAGGCAGUGAGGAAAAAAGCCAAUUGAAUAAUUAAAAUUAGGAAAAAUCUUAAAAACAACCUGCUGUAUAACCUUUAAACUUAUUUGCUAAUUCUGGUGUAAAUUUAUUUUCUGCAUCCAAAGCAUCUUAGAAAGACGAAAAAACAGAGUAAUAGAAACAGAGUGAUAAAGUGGAAGAAUAAACUGAAUAAGAUUAAUUAAAGAAAGAUAAUGAAAUUUUAAAAUCACAGUUAGAUAUAAGAAGAUCUGAGUCUUUAACAUCAAAGUAAGCUUAAAGUAAUAACAAUUAACAAGAAAUUACAUAGUAACCCACAACUUAAAAUGCAACUAUUACAAAUAAUUUAGUAGAAUCUUAGGUUUUGUAAUAAGACUCAAAGAAGAAAAUAAUUCCUCUAAAAAUUUCAGACUCAAAGAAAAAGGACUAGCAAAAUGCUCCUGGCUAAAAUGAAGCAAAUAAUGACUAAAAAACAAAUUAAACUAACACACCAUCUAUAAAUCUAUUUGCUCCAAAUAAUUAAGCUUAAGGAGUGAAUAUAUUCGCACCUAAAACUGACAGUAAAUCUAAAGAAAACGCUUAGCAAAAUUAGCAAACAGACUCAAAAUAGAAGAGCCUCUUUUCUUAGAAUGCAGAAAAUUUAUUUAAUAAAAAUACUACUUAAACAUAAUAAGACCUUGAUAAAAAAACUAACAUUUAAUCUAAUGAUAGCUCUGGAAAUCAAAACAAAAAGACAAACAGUCCUCCUAACAAGACAACAAAUCCCUUUUAACAAGCAACUUAGAAUCCAUUUUAGCAAACAACUUAGAAUCCAUUCUCUCAACCAUCAAAUAAUCCUUUUGCUGGCUCUUCACAACAGAAUAAUUCUAAUAACUAAGCACCAAAGCCUUUAAGUCUUGAAAGUUUAGUUUCCUAAAAUAAAAACAUGUUUUCAAAUCAACAACAAACAGCUACUAAUUAAACUGCUAAUAAUCUAUUUAGUCAACAAAAUAACAUAUUUGGGAAUGUUUAAUAAUAAAAUACAACAAAUAAUAACACAAAUACUGUUAGUAACAACGCCAAUCCCUUUUCAGCUAAGAGCACUCCAACAUCAAAUAGCUGGUUAAAUAACUAAAACACUAAUAAUACUCUUAAUAACAACAAUCCAUGGAAUUAAAACAACACUUAGUAGCAAAAUUUAUUUUAAAAUAACUAAAAUAACAACUUAUUUAACCAACCCAGCAAUUAAAAUGUAUUUAAUGCUUCUCAAAAUAAGACAGAUGUGUUUGCUAAUAACCAGAAUGGUAACAACAUUUUUAACACAAAUACCAAUGUUAAUAACAAUAACCCAUUUUUGUAAAGUAACUAAACCAAUCAAAAUAACUAAAAUAAUGCCAAUAGUAUUCUUAACUAAUCUUUUGGUAAUGGAAGCAAUAAUAUGAUUAUUGAUAAUAAUCAAAAUAGUAAUUGGUAAAAUUAGAAUGCCUUUAACAAUAGCAAUAAUGGAAAACCUUGGAAUCAAUAAAAUAACAGUAGCAAUAACUACAAUUUCGAUUCAAUGGGUAUAGAAAACCCAAUGAACUAGAGUAUGAGCCUGGGUAACAAUGGCUUUAACACCAGUUUUGGAAACAAUAAUGGUAACAACUAUUUUAGCCAGAGUAACAAUUACAAUUAGAUUAAUCCUAUUAAUAACUAACAAUUUUAUGAGAGUCGUCAGACAAAUUAUUUAUCCUAAAAUGCAGGAGCAAGUACUCUAUUUUCAAAACCAAGCACUCCUCUAAAUGUUAAACCAGUAGUAAAUACUCCAGCACCAAAUAACAACGUCAAUGUUUAAAGCUAGUUAAAUGAUUCCCAAGGUUAAUCAUCAAUUUUUUUCGACAACCAAAAUAAAACAAAAGGCAAUAGAAAAACCGAAUAAGCCACAAGAGUUUCAAAGCUCUUGGGACAUAAUUAAAACAGUAAAAGAAUAUGA